AUGAAGUACGUUGUUGUCUCAGGUGGUGUCAUUUCCGGGAUCGGUAAAGGUGUUUUAGCUUCAUCUACUGGAUUAUUAUUCAAAACCUUGGGUCUUAGGGUCACUUCAAUCAAGAUUGAUCCUUAUAUGAAUAUCGAUGCAGGUACCAUGUCACCCUUGGAACAUGGUGAGUGUUUUGUAUUGAACGAUGGUGGUGAAGUUGAUUUGGAUUUGGGUAAUUAUGAAAGAUAUUUGAAUAUUACCUUGACAAAAAAUCACAACAUCACCACGGGUAAGAUCUAUUCUAAAGUUAUUGAAAGGGAGAGAAAGGGUGAUUAUUUAGGUAAGACAGUUCAAGUUGUUCCUCAUAUUACUAAUGCAAUUCAAGAAUGGAUUGAAGAAGUAUCGAGAAUUCCUGUUGAUGAUACUGGAUUAGAACCUGAAGUUUGUAUUAUUGAAUUGGGUGGUACUGUUGGUGACAUUGAAAGUGCUCCAUUUGUUGAAGCAUUGAGACAAUUUCAAUUUAGAGUUGGUAGUGGCAAUUUCGCAUUGAUUCAUGUUAGUUUAGUGCCUGUUAUUCAUGGUGAACAAAAAACUAAACCUACACAAGCAGCUAUUAAAGAUUUAAGAAGUUUGGGUUUAACCCCAGAUAUGAUCGCUUGUAGAUGUCAAGAAGAAUUGGAACGUCAAACUAUUGAGAAAAUUGGAAUGUUUUGUCAUGUUGGUCCUGAUCAAGUUAUUGCUGUUCAUGAUGUUAAUUCAACUUAUCAUGUGCCACUUUUGUUGAAACAACAAAAAAUGAUGAAUUAUUUAACUACAAAAUUGACUAUUGGUAAAGUUGACUCUCAGGCUUUGGUUAGAGGUGAAGAAUUGUUGACUAAAUGGAGACAAUUGACUACGGCGCAUGAUAAAUCGUUUGAAACUGUCACUAUUGCCUUGGUUGGCAAAUACACCAAUUUGCAUGAUUCAUAUUUAUCAGUUAUCAAGUCGCUUGAACAUGCAUCAAUGAGAUGUAAUCGAAGAUUAAAAAUCGAAUGGGUUGAAUCAACCAAUUUGGAAGAAGCGAAAAAAGAAGAAAAUCUUUCAGAAUACCACAAGGCUUGGCAUUAUGUCUGUCAAGCUGAUGGUAUUUUGGUACCUGGUGGAUUUGGAUCUCGUGGUAUUGAAGGUAUGAUUGCUGCUGCAAAAUACGCUAGAGAAAAUAACAUUCCUUAUUUGGGAGUUUGUCUUGGUUUACAAAUUGCUGUUAUUGAAUUUGUGAGAAACGUAAUUGGAAUCACCAAUUCAACAUCACAGGAAUUUGAUGAAUAUAAAGAGGAAGAUGGAAUCACCCCCUCUGUGGUAUACAUGCCUGAUGUCGAUCAAGUGAAAUUGGGAGGUACAAUGAGAUUAGGUAUUCAUGAAACGAAAUUCUCCGAUGAUUCCCAAUGGAGCAACUUGCGUAAAUUGUAUGGUGGUGCUGAUGCAGUAUAUGAAAGACACAGACAUAGAUAUGAAGUUAACCCCGACUUAAUUUCCCAAAUUGAAGACCAAGGUUUGAAAUUCAUUGGUAAAGAUGAAUCUGGUAAUCGUAUGGAAAUGAUCGAAUUGGACCAUAAAUUGCAUAAAUUCUUCAUUGGUACCCAAUAUCAUCCUGAGUAUUUGUCCAAGGUUUUGGAUCCAUCUAGACCAUUUUUAGGGUUGGUUGCUGCUUCAGCUGGAAUAUUGGAAGAUGUGUUGGGUAGAGAUGAUUUGAAUUAUAAAGGAGAAUUUUAA